UUUUAGGUCAAGGGUCAUGUCAAAUGUCACAACAUGGCGGAUGUUUUGAAAGAUUGUGAAAAACGUGCUAUGAUCUAACAACUUUUAAACAGCCAACAGCUCAUUAAGAAGCAAUUUUACUAUGAAAUUCAUACGAUCCUUACGGUUACUACACAGUGGAACUGCGAAGAGUCUACUUGCCGGUGGGUUUGAAGAGCAGGGAAGCAGAUUUCACCAGGCGCACGCGAGGCAGAGGUUACUCUUUUCAGCACGAAGAUGUCAAAUUAUUGGUGGUAGAUGGGAGCAUUAUUGUACCUCUCCAUCUGUGACCGUACAGCCUCCGAUUGCAAAAAAGAAAGAGGAGUACAUACGUACUCAUGGGUAUCGUGUAGAGGACCCGUACAGAUGGAUGCAGGAUCCGGAGGACAAGGACGUCUGGAAGUACAUUGAAGAAGAAAAUAUUUACACAUCUUCCAUGAUGAAAGAUACAUCUGAAAUGCAAGAACAACUUUUGGAUGAAAUGGAAGACUGGUCCCAUCUGGAUGCCAUGAGUGGGGAUGAUUUUGAGGUAAUCGGUGAUUAUGUGUACUAUACAAAGUCAGGAGGUGGGGAGGACUACCCAGUCUACUGCAGAAGCCCUCUGGAUUCAGAUGAAGAUGACCCACCCGAGGAAAUAGUGCUGGAUGUGAACCACUUAGCCGAUACCUUUGGUUACCAGCAGGCCAGAGUGAGUGUGCUGAAGUUGUCACCUGGAUCCACACACCUGGCCAUCACUGUGGAGACUGACUCUGCAGACAGCUUUGUUGGGCAUAUUGUGAAAGUUGGAGCUCAAGAUCAGCUUGUGUACUUGAAGACCAUUCCUGAUAUAUUCAACAUUGAAUGGAUAACAGAUGAUGUCAUCCUGUACACCAAAGCAGAGAACCUUCGUGCCUGUCAGGUGUGGAGGUGUGUUAUCGGCCAGGCUGACAAGGCUGAUGAGCUGCUGUAUCAGGAGAAUGAUGACAGGUAUUUUGUAGAUGUGAGCCACACGAAGGACAGGAAGUUUGUGACCAUCAACAGUAACUCCAAGACAACGUCUGAGGUUAGGGUGGUGAGUUCCUCAUCACCAAUGGGAGAGCCCUGUCUGGUGCAGGGGAGGAUAGAGGGGAUGGAAUACUAUGUGGAACAUCAUGGGGGAAAAUUCUUCUUCCUCACCAACCAAGGAGCUGCAGCUGAUUACAAGCUGAUGUGUGCUCCAACCAACACAACCUCCUCAUCAGAUUGGACAGAAGUGGUGCCUCCCAGACCAGGUGGGAGAGUGGUGGACAUGGACAUGUUUCACCAGGGAUGUGUCCUGGCUGAGAAGAGGGGAGGGGUGCCUGCCAUCACUGUUGUACCUACAGGCAGGGCUGAAGACACUUACUCCUUCAAGUUACCAACAUGGGCCUGUGUGAUCAAGCCUGGUGCCAACACCACAGCAGACAGCUCCGGCUACAGGUUCACUCUGUCCUCCCCCAUCCAGCCUGAGGUGGAGUAUGAGUUCCACCUGCCAACCAGACAGCUCUGGAAGCAAACAACAGAGGGUUCUCCUGCAGUAUCAGAUCAGUAUGUCAUGCACAGGCUCAUGGCAACAAGUCAGGAUGGGACCAGUGUUCCCCUGACUGUGUUCCACAAGAAGGGUGUGGAGCAGACAGGGAAGAACCCACUACUGGUGUAUGUCUAUGGUGCGUAUGGUGAAGAUGUCAACAUGAACUUCAGCUCUGAGAGACUGGUACUGUUGGAAAGAGGAUGGGUGCUGGCUUUCUGCCAUGUCAGAGGUGGAGGUGAGCUUGGGAGGCAAUGGUACCACAAUGGCAGACUGUUGAAUAAAGACCAAACCUUUAAGGAUUUGGAAAGCUGCAUUUCCCACCUGCAUGGAGCGGGCUACUCCUCCCCUGGUCUGACUGCAGCCUGUGGCACCAGUGCAGGGGGUAUGGCAGUGGCUGCUCUGUGUAACAGGAGUCCUGGCCUGUUGGCUGCUGCAAUCAUGAAGGUGCCCUUUGUAGAUGUGCUGGGUGCAAUGCUGGACAGGUCCCUCCCCCUGACUGCACAGGAGUUCCAGGAGUGGGGUGACCCUGGGACACACCCUGAUGUCUUCAACUACAUCAAGGCCUACUGUCCUUACCACAAUAUAAAACCUCAGAGCUACCCUUCUAUGUUGGUGACAGCUACUCUAGACGAUACAAGGGUGCCGUACUGGAGCCCACUUAAGUAUGUUGCAAAACUCCGAGGCCUUCAGCAGCUGACUUCUCUUCAGUCAUCCAACACUCAGGAAAGAAUGACAAGUACUGACCAGACUAAACACAGCAAUGACAUUAACCUCCAUAGAAAUUUCCUUAUCCUACAAGUACAUGAAAAGGGUGGUCACUUUGGUCAUGACAGCCAGGCUGUUGAUUCUGAACAGGCUGCAUUUGAGUAUGCAUUCUUGUACAAGGCUCUUGGGCUUUCGAUGACAUGAUGGAAGAUCAUUCAAAGAAAUCCUCAGCAUACUUUCCAGCAAGUUGCUUUAAACUUUGCUUGAAUAACCUGACCACACUGUCCUUCUCUCAUGUAAAAAUUGUUGAGAGUAAUACAAAGUUGUGAGUGGAACAUGCAUGACACCACCGCAUGUAUCUGCAUGUUCUCCUUUGAUUAAGUAGCUGGUAUUGACUAUUUCAAAGAGGAUUUUAAUGUUGGAUUUUAGAAGGCUUAUUGUCCUGUGUGGUAAUGAUUACAAAAAAAAGUUAACUAUAUGAUACACAAUAAUCUAUCAUGCUAGGUAAACUGAAUAUACAUGUACCUUUGGAAGAGAAAGACUUACUACCAAAGAUAGAUGGUUUUGAUAGUCAUCUUAAAGCCAUUUAGUGCUGAAAGCCAAAGUCAGUAUACAGACUGAAAUUCAGAGUUUGUAUCAGACUCGUGAAUGAUAGUCCAGAGAAUGAAUGGUUUCUUAAAGUAUAGACUGGUUUAUUUCGUCAUUGGGAAUAAAAGCAUCUUGGCAGCCCAAGGGCUGAAUUGCACUGCUUCACGCCAUGAAUGAGUAUGGUGUAUCUUCACAAAAUUGUGAAAAAGCUAGAUGAGGUAGAACAUGAAUGAUUUGACCAUCACUUUUAGAAAGUUACAACUUCAAUGUAGAAUGGUGAAUUAAAGAGACCCAAAGUAAAAUGGUGAAUAAAGCAUGACUCCUCUUUGCUAGCUACAGCACACCA